CGUUUAUUGCUGUUUUAUUUUAGUAAUGUUGUUUUACUGAUGCUUCUCUUAUGUUCUGUCAAUAAAAUGGGUAGUUUCCUGCGUGAUAUCUGGCUCUUUGUUACUCACUGCUCAUUUUUUCCUGAUUAUUUUGCAGGGCUUUCUCUGAAAUCUCAGGAGUUGAUGGCAUUGUUUUUGGUGCUCAAAAUUUAUUAUAGUUACACGAACUUUGAUGUACAUACAAUACUCAUUGCGGCCACAUUGAUAACAACUUUGUGGGUUGUCUAUAUGAUGCGUGUUUUCUUGAAAUCAAGUUACAUGGUGCAUGAGGACAACUUUCCAACGCAUUAUCUGGUGAUUGCAUGUGCUGUUAUGACACUCGUUGUUCAUCCAAAGUCAUCUGAUGCAUUGAUCAACCGUCUCAUCUUGGCCUUUGGAUGCUAUUUGGAAACAGUUGCAAUUAUGCCGCAGCUUCGCUUGAUGCAGAACACCAAGAUUGUCGAGUCAUUGACAGCUCACUAUGUUUUUGCUCUGGGAGUUACUCGUUUUUUAAGCUGUGCUCGCUGGAUACUUCAGGUGCCAAGGGAGGAACUCACCGCAUUGCUAACCAGAUCCCAAAGAAGCGUCAAAAGCCCCCAAGAGGUGGAAGAUAGCUUUCACCUGAAG